ACUCACUCUAAACGAAACCCCUUCCCUUGGUGCUUGAAAACCCAAUCCAUUGUUACUCCGACAGUGAGAACCGAGCAAACACCAUAUCUAUGGCUGGUCCUUCGCUUCUCCAGUCCUCAACGUCGUCGUUUCUGGGUCAAUUCCGAGUGUUUCCGGCUCCGCUGUUCUCCGGACUUCUCUACAGAAAUGGGAAUGGAGGGGCUGUGGCGCCGGUGAAGGCCACAGCGGCGGGGUCCGGGGCUGUAUUGGUGGAGAAGUCUGAGGCAGAGAAGCCCCGCCGGCUCAAAAUAACAUACAAUGAGAAAAUCGUGCCCUUGCUUAUGGAAGAAUUCAACUACACCAAUAUACACGAGGUCCCUAAAAUUGAGAAGGUCGUGGUUAAUUGCGGAAUAGGAGAUGCCGCGCAGAAUGCGAAGGGUUUGGAGGCAGCAAUCAAUGAUCUAGCACUCAUCACAGGGCAGAGGCCUGUCAAGACACGAGCGAGGGCCUCACUUGCCACCUUCAAGAUCAGGGAAGGUCAACCCCUUGGGAUUGCUGUGACACUCAGAGGAAAAUUGAUGUACUCAUUCCUGGACCGACUUGUCAACUUGGGGCUUCCCAGGACAAGGGAUUUCCAGGGUGUUAACCCCAACAGUUUUGAUGGACACGGGAAUUUCAGUAUUGGCGUCAAGGACCAGAGUGUGUUCCCAGAAAUCAGGUCCGAUAUUGUCGGUACGCCCAGAGGAAUGGACGUAUGUAUAGCAACAACGGCGAAAACUGAUCAAGAGGCAAGCAGAUUGCUGGCUCUUAUGGGCAUGCCAUUCAGAGAGGGAGGUGGUCCUGUUACAACAAUUCGCAAAAAGAAGCUCAAGUCUCACCAUUUUGACUCAAAAUCAAAGGGAAGAGGAAGGAGGUGAAGUUUUGUAAAUGAGAUUGUAGCAAAUCGCCGUAUCCUUAUUUUGUAGCACUAUUAAUUAUUCAUUUUGUGAUCAACAAUUUGUUAUUUUAAGUGUUACAUUAUGGUUGUGUUUGCUAACUGAUCAAAGAAGUGCUUUUAAAAUAGUCUAAGAUGGAACGAAUCAGAUUUAUCAGAAAAAUAAAAGUGGAAUCUUGUUUGGUCAUGGUUCUUUCCUCCUA